GUGGUGAUUCGUGCUCAAAAUGGCGAACUCCUCUAUCGUAUUUCACCUUGGGCAAGAUAUGUAGUCCGUGAUGAAGACAAAGUGAAUUAUGAUUGGGUACACUGGAAUCCACCACAGUCAUAUAUACAUAAGCAUCCUUCUCCCAAGAGAUUAAAAAGCCUAAGAAUCUAUGAAUCUCAUGUGGGGAUUGCUUCCCCAGAAGGGAAAGUAGCUUCUUACAAAAACUUCACAUACAAUGUGCUACCUAGAAUAAAGGAUCUUGGAUAUAACUGUGUCCAGCUGAUGGCUAUUAUGGAGCAUGCAUACUAUGCCAGUUUUGGUUAUCAGGUCACAAGCUUCUUCGCAGCAUCAAGCCGCUAUGGAACUCCAGACGACCUGAAAGAAAUGAUUGACGUUGCUCACUCAAUGGGCAUCACUGUUCUAUUGGAUGUUGUGCACAGUCAUGCAUCAAAAAACUCUGAAGAUGGUCUCAACAAAUUUGAUGGUACAGAUUAUUGCUUCUUCCAUUCCGGUCCCAAAGGAACUCACCAGCUCUGGGACAGCAGGCUCUUUGACUAUGCAAACUGGGAAGUUUUGAGAUUCCUUUUGUCUAAUCUGAGAAUGUGGAUUCAAGAGUAUCGCUUUGAUGGCUUCAGAUUUGACGGUGUUACAUCUAUGCUGUACCAUCAUCAUGGGAUUGGCACAGGAUUCAGUGGAGAUUACAAUGAAUAUUUUGGUCUCCAUGUGGAUGAAGAUGCUUUGUGUUAUCUAAUGCUGGCCAACCACAUGAUAAAAUUUUUGCAUCCGGAAUGCAUAACCAUAGCAGAGGAUGUUUCUGGAAUGCCAGCUCUUUGUCGUCCUGUUGCAGAAGGAGGAGGGGGUUUUGAUUAUCGACUAGCCAUGGCUAUUCCAGAUAAGUGGAUACAGAUAAUUAAGGAGCUGAAAGAUGAAGAAUGGAAUAUGGGCAAUAUUGUGCAUACGUUAACAAACAGACGGUAUGAAGAAAAAUACAUUGCAUAUGCAGAGAGUCAUGACCAGGCGCUUGUUGGGGAUAAGACGCUGGCAUUUCGACUGAUGGAUGCAGAGAUGUACACAAACAUGAGUGUGCUCUCGCCUCUUACUCCAGUUAUUGAUCGUGGAAUACAGCUUCAUAAAAUGAUUCGUCUCAUUACUCAUACACUUGGAGGAGAGAGCUAUCUGAACUUCAUGGGUAAUGAAUUUGGACAUCCAGAAUGGCUUGACUUCCCCAGGAAAGGGAACAAUGAGAGCUACCACUAUGCCAGAAGACAGUUUAAUCUUACUGAAGAUCAUCUUCUUCGCUAUAGAUUCCUAAAUGCAUUUGAUAGAGAUAUGAAUAGAUUGGAGGAAAGAUUUGGCUGGCUUGCAUCUCCCCCGGCCUAUGUGAGUGAAAAGCAUGAAUCCAAUAAGGUCAUAGCAUUUGAGAGAGCAGGUCUCAUUUUUAUUUUCAACUUCCAUCCAUAUCAAAGUUACGUGGACUACAGAGUGGGUAUUGAAAUUCCAGGAAAAUAUCAAAUCCUGUUGGAUUCUGAUGCUGCAGAAUAUGGAGGACAUCAAAGGCUGGACCACAAUACAGAGUACUUCUCCGAAGAAUAUUCUCACAAUUAUCGACCGAAUUCACUUAUG